UUAGACUUCCAUCUGAGAGCAAAACGGCUUAAAAGUACUGUUGAAAAAUGGUCCUACAGUGCCCCCGAAAGUUGAGGGUUGCCACUUGGAAAAUAGCUACAUGCACACUUCUUGAAAAUCACUUUCUUUGGGUAUUUAGUUUUGUAGGAAUAAUUUAAAAUGUAAUAGGUUAAACCACACAAAAAAAAAACGAUUAGGGAGAAGACAAUAAUUAGAUUUGUGUUUCAGAAACCUCACGGAUGGGAUUUUAUUGGGCCCUGAACAGUGCUGAUUUUACAGUCUUUCCGUACCCUCGUACGUUGUGCGCGGCAUAAUGCUCAAUGCUUAAUGCCCGCGCUUGAUAAGCAUGAUCGGACCUCCGAUGUACUCAUGUACAUAAGUGGGCUUACUUAGCUUGCAGGGGUUAAGUUACAUGUACAUGUACUUUGGAAGGAUUCCGUUAUAUUUUGAUAGUUUUUGGCACGAAGCUUCAUUAACGAGUAGAUAGAGUUGCCUCAUCAUGCUGUCUUGCAGAGAGGUUGCCUGAUAGGCUGCGCUGUUCCAGGGAUUGCAGGUGCAUGUAAUCCCAUCUCAUGAUGUCUCUUGUUGAUCUUGGUAAGAAGCUACUAGAGGCUUCUCGACAGGGCCUUGAAGAUGAAGUGAAGAUUCUUAUGGCCAAUGGAGCACCAUUUACAACUGAUUGGCUUGGUACCUCUCCCCUCCACCUUGCUGCACAUGCUGGUCAUGUACCUACUGCAGAAGUUCUUCUCAAAGCAGGAGUCAGUCGUGAUGCUAGGACAAAAGUAGACCGAACACCUCUUCAUUUGGCUUGCCAAGAAGGUCAUAAAGAAAUUGUUCAGUUGUUGAUAGAACAUGGUGCUGAUGUCAAUGCUAAAGAUAUGUGGAGGAUCUGUCAGUUGAAAAUGACACCACUUCAUUGGGCAGUUGAGCGAUUGCAUGCACCAGUUGUCAAAGUAUUACUAGAAAAUGGGGCUGCUUUGGACAAUUUCAACAAGUUUGAUAAAACCCCAGUGGAUAUAGCUGCAGAUCACCAGAAUGAAGAGGUCAUUGCUAUAUUGGAAAUGGCUCAGGGAAUGGGAAGUGAGGUGACAAUAGAGGAAGCUCCAUGUGUCUACAUCACAACAGAUGGUGAUCCAUCUGUCACUAUCAGUCCCACUCCAGCAGCUACUGCACUGCAAAGCUUUGUCACAGCAGCAGCAAGGGCCAAAUCUAAGGCUAGUUGUAAAGUUGUCACUAAAGUACCCACUACAGCAAGUUCUACAUCAGUGCUGGCAACGUUGGCAGCUUUAGCUGAGGCCUCUACACCUCUCAACAAACUUUCUGCCCACAGCAAUAGAAGUAACUCUCUAUAUGGAACAAGUGGCGAAUCACUUCAGAUGUAUACAUUAACAGAAGCUGGAAAGCUGGCCAUGCAGUGGAAGAAAUUCAGCAAUGAGGAUGAGAAUCGAAAGCAGGAUAUAGAUUCUUCAGAAUCUACCCAGAAAGUUAUCACCAUUGUCCAGACUACAGAGCAGGAACCAGAAAUUACCUCUAAUAGCAGCAGUUGUGAUUCAACGCCAGUGACACUUGCCUUUGUUGGUGAAGAUUUAAAUGAGUUGAAGACUGCUAAUACCACUGUGGACAAUUCAUUACAUCAACAGCUACAAGAAGCUCAAAAACAAGCUGAAAUAUACAAACAACAACUUGCAGCCAAAGAAAGAGAAGCUGAGGACUAUCGUAAGAGAUUACAGGAGAUAUCAGGGAGCAAAGACUUACAGAAUAAGUAGCAUGCUCAUACACCAUAAGUGUACUUCAGGUGUGUCAUGGUAGGCUGAACUUGGGCAAGUCAUUGCAAUGAAUUGUUAGGGGCAAAGACUAAUCCUGCAGCUUUAAGAAUGCACGUCUGACAUUGCUAAGAGAAGGAGCAGGAGUCUCUGAUGACGACAUCACUCUGUGUUGAAUUUUCACUGGCCCUGCUUUAUUAUGUUCACCAAAAACAAUUGUGAUUUGGUACUAAAUAUUUCGUAGAAUCAUUUCGAUUUCAUCCACCUCAAAGAAAGGAUUGCAAGAAUUUCCUGUUUUAAAAUUGAUUCAUUCUUCGUUGCAAGAUGUCUAUAUUUUCCUUUUGUGAUUUGUAGUUCUGAAGUUCUUUGUAAAGAAAAAUAGAGUAAAUUUGAAAUAUAGGCCUACAUGUAUAAAAAAUCAACAAAUUAUGUAUUUUCCCUGCAAGAAAAAGAGAAAAUGGACAAAAGCCUUGUGUUAUGUUUAAACGGAUUCAGAAGCUCAAGUCUUUUCCUUUUUGUUCCGACCCCAAACCCUGUGUACAUGUUUUAUGGCACCGUCGACUUAUAUUACUGAAAACAAGCUUUAUAAUAAACUUUAACUGAGGUAUAGAUAUCUGGGUCUUCGAAGAGUGAUGCCAUGACUAUGACUGAUUUCAAUCUUUAAAGAUCUUUAAUUCUCACGAUUGGCAUGACGUCAAUAUGGCCUUUUAACACCCCAAAGGGGCAAAAUUUCCAAUCGCGCUACAUGUAUUCGUUGCAAUGUAGACAUGCACUGAAGUUUCCAGAUGUCCGACUGCGAGAGACAAAUCAAUCGUGCGAACCUUCAUCUUGCUUUUUGUGGCAAGUAGCAUUCCUCUCUAAAGGCAAAGAAUGAAACCUCACUCUUACCGUUUAUGAAUCCGCUCAAAAAAGAGUGAAAACUACUCUUAAAAGAGUGAAACAACUCCAAAAGAUGAGCCAUAACUUAUAAAAGACUCUUUUGGAGUGGUUUUUAUAUAAGGGACUAUUUUUGAGAGUGAGUUGUUUUUCACUCUUUUCAUUUGUCUUCAGAGAGUGACCGGGUAAAUUUAGGUUUUUUUAUCGUGCACGUGAGAUCACUGGACCCUUGGUUGUGGUCGACACUUCAAGUGCCUUAUUUGAAAUCGAUAAAGAUAAGGACUUGACGUUUCUUAUUCCUCCAUGCUCUACGGCGAGAUAAUAUUCCUCAAUACCUGGACUCUCUUAUAUGUAAUCAUGGCCUUAACUACCAAAGUGCUUGUGCGCAAGAUACAUGCUUAUCAACAGCAUUCAUCGCAAUAGUCGGUGUCUGAUUUCGCUAAAUGAGGCGUCGUCUUUUUUAUGGAUUUUCUGGAAAUGUGCCAGAACAAUGGAAUACUUAUGAUAAAUUCAAAAUUCAUAAACAAAAUGAUAAAGCAUAAAUGUAUGUCUCAGGAACAUUGAUUUCGUGCCCUGCGUCCCAGAAAAUCUACAAAAUAAAAUACUGCAAAUUGAGUUUGAAGCAACGUGCGCGCGCGCGUAGUCCACUGGUUUGUACGGCAUUUCGUGGUUCUUCUGCGAUCGUCCAAUGGGAGCCUGCAAAGCGUGGUGCGUCCGCCUUUGUGACAGUCAAGAACCGGAUACUCUCGCUAGAAGGGGGUAUACUCCUGUACCCGAGUGUAAUGCGCACGCAUCCUACUCGUGUUAACAGGACUAACCGUGUGAAUGCACCAAUAGUAAAAACGAAAAAUCAGUUGACCUACUUUUCGACCUUCGCAGUCUGGUUUUUUUUUCGUGUACGAAUGGCAGUCGGAUUUGUGUCUCUUCGUGAAAACGCAAAAUGCAGUUAUCGAGAUUUUAACCCCUAACAACAUGAAUGUUUUUGUCAUUUCAUUAAUGAUAUGUGGCUUGAGGAAACAUGUCCAAAAGGUCAAGUAGGCCUACGAUGUUUUAGAACAAAAAAGUGCAAAAAUCGAAAAAAAACAUUGCCAUUUUCGACACGUGUCUUCGAGAAAACAGUGACGACUUAUGUCAUUUCGAAUAGUCCAGAAACUUGUAGUCCUAACGGUGCGUGUCAAUUCAAAACCACCGUGUAUCGAUUCUUAACACCAAAACGGUAUAACCAAAUAUUGGGAUGAUGAUUUUAUGUAAAAUUAUACAACCUUUUCAUUAUUGAUAUUAUCUGAGUACGUAGAGUCGUUAAAUUGGGGAGAUUUAAAUUUCAACUACACCGCUUCCACUGCUAUAGUCUACUGCCCGUAUCCUGACUUCAAAGUCGGCGCGACCAGCGCAACACACGAACAUGUACUGUACAUGUCACCAGUACAUUGUGCUUGAUCCCAGAUUCGCUGCCGCGUGAGUGUGUUACUGGACAGGCGCCGUUACUCUUUAUGUUUAUGAAUAGAUUACAACAGAUGUGGCAGAUUUCCUACGCGAGUCAUUACUAGAAGUAACCAGUGAGAACUGAACAGAAAAGGAACUGCAAUAUGGUAGGACUGUAGCAUGGAUCAAUUAUUGAAUUCAUGUAUUUGAUUUUUUUUUCGAAUCAAGUUAUUCUGAUAUAAAAGUCAGAAAAUAUCAAUUUGGUUAAAUUUUCAAAGCGUACAUGUAGUGUAAGGGGCAGUGAGUAAACAAACACAGCUGCAGUAUCAACUAAUUAAUUUUCCUUUUAAGUUUUUUUCCCCUGAACAUGUACAUGUAAAGGAAUUGCAUGGCCCACUAAACUUAACAGCUUUAUCCAGAAGAAAAGCCACAUGAUAGUAAAGUCUGGCAUCCAUUAUAAUCCUCCCCGGUCAUGCCUUACUGAAAGGUAAAAUGCUAUAAUGUUGGGUAUAGACUACAGUCAUGCACAUGUAGUAGCUUCCACGGUUUAAUGUUGUUCAAUUCUUCAAUUUUUUUUGUUCACGGUAUAAGUUACAUUUAAACGAAACUCUGUUCUCCGCGAAAUUUAGUUAUCUUUUCCAACUCACUCUAAACUUAAAAGAACUGUGUAGACAUUAUGUAAAUUGCAAUUGUAAAAUUGAGUGUCAAAAACUGGAAUGUUACAUCAAAUGCCAAGGAAUUGGCAAAAUUUCAUUAUUUCAUCUGUAUAUAUCUGUGCGUUAUUCACUAUUUCAUUUUGUAUAUAAAAUAAACAUCUACUUUGUAAGGUUCAGUAUAUUAGUAUCCUUUGAUUUUAUUGGCAUGCCAUUAAUGUCAUGCAAGUGUGUCAAUCUAAAAUAAAGAUUAGAGACUUGAAUUCAAUGGAGUAAUAUGCUCAAACCCUGUCACGUCUGUUGUCAGUUUGAAAUUAACUGUACUGCAGGUAGAUACUGUUAUUUAAAGGGUAGCUGCGAUCAAUUUGUUUGAAUAAAAACCGUUUAAAUACA